UCUAGUUUCCUUUCUUUUUCUAAGAGCUGCACUGCGGCUAUUGAAUCAUCUGCUCUAACCCUCCAACCCGACCCUAUAUAGGCCGUCUCGCCCUUUGAAGAAUAAGGCCAGAAUUGAGUGAGAAAUCAGCAUAGUUACGAACACCAUGAGAGACCAGCUUCCAUACUGGAAGGAAAAUGGCAGGAUGAUUUUUUUUACAGAUUUUGAUGGGACCAUCACAUUACAAGACAGCAAUGACUACCUGGUUGAUAAUUAUGGUUUUGGAAGACAAAAACGAGAGGUUCUCGAGCUGCAGCUGCUUCAAGGCAAGAUAACAUUCAGAGAGGCUUUUAAGACCAUGCUUGAUAGCGUGCAACUGCCGUUUGAUAUGUGUCUUGAAGCGCUCAAAGAGAACAUUGAAUUCGAUUCUCACUUUACCGCUUUCUAUCAUUGGGCCAAAGAGCAUGAAGUUCCCAUAGUUGUGCUGUCCUCCGGCAUGGCACCUAUUAUACAGGCAUUGUUGGAGAAGUUACUUGGCGGCAAACCAGAGAAUAUUUAUGUGGUGGCCAAUGACAUUGAGCCUCGUCGAGGGGAGGAGAAAGGGUGUGAUCAUAUCAUGAAGCGGGACUGGGAGAUCUCUUUCCGGGAUAACAGUCAUUUCGGUCAUGAUAAAUCCCUGGCAAUCAGACCAUACAGUGAAUUGCCAAGCCGAAUUCGUCCCAUCUUACUUUACGCCGGGGAUGGAGUGUCAGAUCUGUCCGCUGCGUCCGAAACGGACAUUCUCUUCGCGAAAAGCGGGAUGGGUCUUGUCGAGUAUUGCGAGCGGGAAGGGAUUCCAUUCGCUCCGUUUGAUACUUGGGCUUCGGUUCUAAAUGCUGUGCAGGCCAUCUAUGAACAUGGAAGCACUGAAGACCUAUACAAUGUCACCGCGACAGGGGCAGGGUGA